CCAGGUUUUUAGUUAAUUAGUUCGACUUACACAGUUUGGUGGCCACUAUACAUCAUUCUAGUUAAAGAUGUCAUCUCAGAAAGAUGCGCUGCUAGACCAAAUACUUUCCUCGAUUACUGACUCCAUCGACUCAACAUCAACCGUUGUUGAAAAGUUAGAGGAAGAGUUUAGUCUGAAAAAUAAAGAUGAAUAUCCAGAAGUAGUUAGAAACUUGAUAAAAUCUGGAGAUUCAACUACAUCCAAUGCCUUGAACCCUGUCUCAUUACUUUCUUUGAAAAAUUCGGCUUUGCUUGGAUACGUGACAGAUUUGGCAUUACUUUUGGCUAUUCGCUUGGAAUCAAUCAAAGAAGAAAAAAACACCUCCAAUAACGAGGAAAACGUUCUGAAUUCGAUUGUCACUAACCGUGUUGUUCUCGAGAAAGGAAUUAAAUCAUUAGAAAAGAAAAUAAAUUAUCAAUUAGAGAAAAUGGUGAAUGCAUUCCAUAGGAGAGAAAAAGAACAGAGUGAUCUUGAACAUAAAGUGAAAGAACAACAAGAGCAAGACAGCUCGAAGGAAGAAAAUGAAGAGGAAGAAGAAGAGGAAGAAGAGGAAGAUGAAGGCCUUGGUUUCAAGCCUAAUCCAUCGGCCCUACUAUCACGCGGAGCAGAGAAAGGGCGAACUCCGACUAAAGAUGACAUCGUUGAAGAGGCUGCUGAAGAUGAUGAUCAAGGGGAGAAAAAAGUUGGAAAAUAUAAACCUCCUAAGAUUUCUGCUGCAGCAAUCAAUGACCCAGAUAAGCAGCUCAAGAAUAGAAAGCAGCGAAACUUACAGAGUAUGGAUGAGUAUCUUCAAGAUAUAAGUGAAGCUCCAGCUACGGAAAAGUCCAUUGGUUCAACGAUUAUUAAUAAAGGUAGAGAUGUUAAGUCUAGAAAGCAAAUGGAGAAAGAAGCCGAAAUUCAACGGUACGAGGAAGAGAACUUUACCAGACUUCCAGCAACCAAAACAAAGGAAGAUAAGAGAGAAAGAGCGAAGAGAAUGCGCAAUGAGUUCUUUGGUGAAGAUUGGAGUAUGUUUGAUAAUAACAUGGAUAUAAAUAGCAACGGAAAUGGCAGUACCAAAAAGAGGAAGAGAGUGAGUGCUUGGGAGAGAGCAAAGCGUAAGAUUGACGAUUGACUGGUAUAAAAUGUAUACAGGCUUAACAUGAACACAUUAUAUUUUUAAAAGGUAAGCUAUCAUAGUUCAGCGUAGAAAUAGUGAGAGAGUAAAUGGAGUUUGAAAAAAUGUAAAAGUGAAAGUAAAAGUAAAUAAGAAGAGAGAAAGACAAAGAGGGAAAAAACAAAAAGUACAAGAAACUUUACAAGGGAUAUAACCAACUACUUUAUUUUCAAAGCACCAACGGCUUAACUACUGCUCAGUACCUUCU